AUGGAUGUAAAAUUAUAUGUCUACGACCUCUCCAAGGGUCUUGCACGAAUGUAUUCACUCGCCCUGACGGGAACACAAAUGGACGCUAUCUAUCACACAUCAAUCGUCUUGGACGGAACAGAGUAUUACUUCGGACAGGGUAUCCAGACUGCCUUCCCGGGUAGUACGCACCACGGCCACCCAAUGGAGGUGAUCCACCUAGGAACGACAGAGUUACCCAAGGACGUCAUUGAAGAGUACAUCCAGUCUCUGGAGGAAAUUUACAGUCCAGAAUCAUACGACCUCUUCCUGCACAACUGCAACAACUUCACCCAAGACCUGUCCAUGUUUCUCCUCGGGAAGAACAUCCCCGAUCACAUCCGGAAUCUCCCCCAGACAUUCCUCAAUACGCCAUUUGGACAGAUGAUGAAGCCGCAGAUCGAUAAUGCCCUGCGCGGUGUAACCCAAGGCACUGGCACACGGGGUGUUCCACAGCUGCCUUCAGCUCCAGCUCGAGCUCCAGCUCCAGUCCCUGCGUCUGGGACCACGGCAGUGGCUGCACUUCCCCGUGUCACAGUCCAGAUGGCAAACAACGUGCAACAACUUGACACCUACCUGAACACUGCAUCACAAACCGGCAAAGGCGCCGUCAUCUUCUUCACCUCCGCAACUUGUCCGCCCUGCAAGAUCCUGUACCCGACGUAUGACGAGCUAGCCGAAGAAGCAGGGGACCAUACAGUUCUGGUGAAAGUCGACAUCAGCGUCGCGCUGGACGUGGGGAUGAAGUACGGGGUGCGUGCGACGCCGACGUUCAUGACAUUCCUGCGCGGCGAGAAGGUGGAUGAGUGGAGUGGUGCAAAUCCGGGGAUGCUACAGGGGAAUGUACGGCUGUUGAUGCAGAUGGUGCAGCAGGAGCAACUUGCGAAGGCGCACCCGCAUCGCAGACUUGACCUUCCAAGCCUCCAGAGGAAAAUCGAUAAUUACGUGCUGUACAAAAAAGUUCCCCCGUUGGACAAAGUGCGUCAGAAACUGAGCCCCUACGACUCCGGCCCCGUGGUAUCCUCCAUUAUUGAUUUCCUACAAGCCCGAAACAACGCUGCAACCGCUCCAGCCGACACUCCAAUCCCCACGAACCUAGCACAAAUCGCAACAUACCUCCAAGCCACUGCGCCACAUCUCCCACGCGAGAACCGCUUCGCACUGGUCGAUCUCGCCCGCCUGUUAUUCCUCGACCCUCGCGUCAGUGGCUACUUUGCAGAAAGGGACUCCCCAUCCCACGCAACCCUUUCUUCCUUGUUCUCCCUCGCAUCGCCCGUAUCCCCCACAGAUCCAUCGCCAUCGCCAUGCACAUGUACAUCUAUAUCUACAUCCCCCGGAUCGCAAUCUGCACCCGCGGCAUCCGCACUCGCACCCGCCCCCUACAACCUCCGCAUGACCCUCCUCCAACUCGCCUGCAACCUCUUCACUACCCCACUGUACACCACACACCUGUCCACAGACCGCGCCCUGCGCGACACAAUCGUCCGCCUCGCAACAAGCGCCCUCCUCUCCGAAGACAUCAUCACAGACGCAAACGGCACCAAAACAAAAAUCCCCGCUAACCUCCGCGUAGUCGCAGCAUCAUGUAUCUACAAUCUCGCCGCUCUGAACCAUAACGUGCGUCUACGGCUGGUAGAUCACGACCCAAGAUCUGGACCGGGAUUCAAGGAUGAGGUUAAGUCUAAAUUCGAGACAAAAUCCGGGGAACGGCGGCACGCGGAAACGGAACCGGAACCGGGCGCGGAAGCGGACCGGGAACCCCUAUCCGAAGAGGAACAAGUGGAGAUUGCCGCAGCGGUUAUUGAAGCGUUAGACAAAGAAAAUGAGAGUAGUGAGACGGUGCGCGGGCUGGUGCUUGCGCUGGCAUUGUUGGUUUACGAGGCCGAUGUGGAGGGGAGCGUCGUGGACGUUUGUCGGGCGAUGGGGGUGGAGGAGAUACUUCGGGUUAAGGGGGGGAUAUUUCGGGAGGGGAGAGAGGUGAUUUCGGAGGUUGGAUGUUUGUUCAAGUAA